AACGCAACAUCUUCUUGUUCCAGUGCGUCCGGGUGUCAUGGCGCUGAGGCCGCAGAGACCCGCGGCGUCCAACUUUAACUCUCCCCGCUCGACUCGUCCGUUGUUUUCGCGCGUCACAGCUGUAGAAGCGUCAACCACCGGGUGAAGACGAGCCGCCGAUGAAAACUUUCUGAACCACCGGACACCGUUCACCCAGAGAGAGGAGCGAUGGAGCUGGAGAAGCCCGUCCUGCAGACCCAACCGUCCACCCUGCCUUUCUUCGACACGGCCCACGCCUUCAACUUGUUGCGGGGGAUCCACGAACUCCGAGCGGAGCGCAAAUUCUUCGACGUGACCCUGUGCGCCGAGGGCCGCGAGUUCCACUGCCACCGCACCGUGUUGGCCGCCGCCAGCACCUACUUCCGGGCCAUGUUCGCGGGAACGCUGCGGGAGAGCGCCAUGGACCGGGUGGUUCUGCACGAGGUGUCGGCCGAGCUCCUGGGGCUGCUGGUGGACUUCUGCUACACGGGCCGCGUCACCGUCACUCAGGACAACGUGGACCUGCUUCUGAAGACGGCCGACCUGUUUCAGUUCCCCUCAGUCAAAGAGGCGUGCUGUGCGUUUCUGGAGCAGCGGCUGGAUGUUUCCAACUGCCUGGAGAUCCAGGACUUUGCAGAGGCCUAUGCCUGCCGAGAGCUGGCAACCAGCGCUCGCCGCUACGUCCUGAAAAACAUCAUGGAGCUGGCCAAAGGGUUGGACUUUGAGCGGAUACCCUGGAAGCGCCUGCUUGAGUUCAUGUCGGACAACGAGCUCUGCGUGGACAAGGAGGAGAAGGUCUAUCAAAUCGCCGUGCGCUGGGUGAAGGCGGAUCUCCAGCGCAGACUGCACUACUGGCCCGAGCUCCUCCAGCAGGUCCGACUCCCUUUCGUCAGGAGGUUCUUUCUGUUGGCCCACGUGGAGAGCGACCCGCUCGUCUACCUCUCCCCCACCUGCCUGCGCAUGGUGAACGAAGCGCGCAGCUUCCAGUCCUGCGAGUACGACCGACACGACAGGCCCUGCAACCGCAUGCGGCCGCGGCCGUCCACCGGGUUGGCGGAAAUCCUGGUGAUGGUGGGGGGCUGCGACCAGGACUGCGACGAGCUGGUCACGGUGGACUGCUACAACCCCCAGACUGGACAGUGGCGCUACUUGGCCGAGUUCCCCGACCACCUCGGAGGAGGCUACAGCAUAGCUGCCCUUGGCAACGACAUGUACGUGACAGGUGGCUCUGACGGCUCUCGCCUCUACGACGGAGUGUGGCGCUACAAGUCCAGCGUCAACGAGUGGACGGAGGCGUCGCCCAUGCUGAAGGCGCGCGAGUACCACAGCUCGUGCGUGCUCAAGGGUCAGCUGUACGUGGUGGCGUCGGACAGCACCGAGCGCUACGACCACGCGCUGGACUGCUGGGAGGCCCUGGCGGCCAUGCUGCACGCCAUGGACAACUGCUCCACCACCACGUGCAGAGGACGCCUGUACGCUAUAGGCUGCCUGACCGGCGAGGACACCAUGGCCAUCCAGAGCUACGACCCAGACACCAACCGCUGGUCCAGGGUGAACUGUGGACAGCUGCCUCUGUGGUCCUUCACACCAAAAACCGUGACCCUGAAUGGCCUCAUCUACUUCGUCAGGGAUGACUCAGCCGAGGUGGAUGUUUAUAAUCCUCAAAAGAAUGAGUGGGACAAAAUUAGUCCGAUGACCCAGGUCCAUGUUGGCGGCAGCGUCGCAGCCCUUGGGGGUAAAUUAUUCGUGUCCGGUGGUUACGACAACACGUUCGAGCUUUCCGACGUGGUGGAAGCGUACGACCCCAUCGCCCGCACGUGGACCCUCGCCGGGCGACUGCCCCAGCCGACCUUCUGGCACGGCAGCGUCAGCAUCUUCCGCCAGUUCAUGCCGCUGGUGUCCAACGCGUUCGAACCGACCGCCGCACUCGAGUCGAACGCCAUCCACCUGCACCGCCACCAGCGUCACCACGCGCUCCACAACCUCAACAACAAUCUCAACCAAAACCAGAACCAGGACGUGAACCCGGCGCACUGAUUUUGGACUCGUAAAAGCACGUGUUCAGUCCGUCUGCCGUCGAUAGUUCACCGUGAAUUUACCUCAAGGCAGAAGAGAAGUUGAAGUAUGUACAGAGUAGUCUGAGCUCCUCGUCAUCCACUCGACUGAGAAGCUGACAAUCACUUACGUUUGUUGACUGGAUGAAUUGCAGAAACAAGAUGUGUUUUAAGCCGCGUUCAAGAGGGAAACAGUCCUUCCUGCAUGUUUCCCGUAGAAAAGCCUCAGGAAGUGGUUGUUUGCUUCUCUAUGUUGGAGGUGGGGAAGUUAAACGUGUUCAUAUACCAAAUCAGACAUUUAGCUUUUAUUCUUGAAGGUUUUCUCUAAUGUUUUAGUCAUUCGACAGAAAAUUAACUUUAAUAGCUGUUUAACAGUCACAGAUUCCAGCUUCACAGUUAUGAGGUUUUUCUGCUUUUGGAAAAAACUAUUAAUUUUGGAGACAUUAUGUUAUUUUUUCUCUUUCCUUCCAUCGCCUCAUUGCCCCCUAUAAAACAAACGUGAAAAGGCCAGAAGGAGAUGAGAUUUACGCUUUAUGUGAUGUGGUUUUACACGAGAAAAGAUGAGUCUGGUUAACCGGCCAUCCUCCAACGAAGAGCAGUAAAAAAAACAGCUGCUUCUCUUGAGUUUUUCUUUGGGAAACGAUCGAGCAUCGUCUCCCACGCAGUGGAUGAGACGGGUGUUUCUGUGUACGGCCAUCUGUGAGGUAGCAGUUGAUCACCGUCGGAGUUUCCCCCCCCCCCAUUUCAAAUGCCUAAUCAUAGUAAGUGUUUACAAGUCUUUCGUGGCCCCAGAGGGGGCGGCGUGAAGUCUGACAUAUUGCCUCCAAUGAUGAGUCACUUAAAAAACAGAUUACAUUUGGGUAAUCUGUUUUACAAGACAAUACCCCGGUUUCUCAAACGCCACGUAAACACCUUACCCCGGGUAAAAUCUGAGUUCUCAUUCCCAAACCUAGACAACUCCUUCAGUGACCGAGGUAUUCGUGCAUGAAUGCACCUUAACCGGGGGUACGCACGGGUGACGCGUCCUCGCACGCUCCGUAGGUGAUACCUGCCCCUGAAUCUUCCAACUGAAUCGUCGGUGGCGGAGUAAGUAGCAUCGUGGGUAAUGAGGGCGCCACGUCCAGAGACAGAAGAACGUGUGCAAUCAAAAAAGGUGAUAAAUCCCUGGUUCUGCUCGCAGACUAUAUAAAGAAUGGACAUAGUCGCCGGGUCGAGAAAGUGAGGCCAAUGAGGAAGUGCCUAAAACCUGUAUUCUUUCAAAUGACCAGCAGAGGGGGCGCAACACUGGUUGUGACAAAAAGUCAGUUUCUAUAGAAGUCUAUUAGAAAAAGACUUAACAUCAGUAAAACUUUUCCUUAGGAGUUUAUGGUUCAAUCACUAGUUUCAAGUCUUUUUUUUUUUUUUUCAAGCAUGAUGUUCAUUUUGUAUGUCAUGCUCCAUUUAGAGUACAAUAGAUGAAGUAAAGUUAUGCAUUUGGGGCGUGGAUACAGAAUGAUUGAGAGCAGGGUGCUGGUGUACAGUAGGUGGACGUACAGUGGACAAGCUCUCAGUCAGGUCCACCCCCCUGCUCCUCCAAAUAUGGUCACUUCUGGCUUCCCACCCAAAAAAAACAAGAUAGACAAAAUUGGUAACUUGAGGCUUCAAAAUGGGUGACGUCACAGUGGGUUGUCAAUUAUAAUCUUUUUUUUUUCUCCUAAAAUGUCACGAGGACACUGGUCAAGUCAUGGAACGCGCGUAAAGGCAAGAAUCUGUCUACAUUCCGAAAAAUGUUGCGACAAUCACAAUUCAUAUUAAGCACCAAACAGACAGACGGCUCAACUUCACCAGCAGAAAGACCUCGUGCCGAGUCGACCUCUUCUUCAUGGUAGAAUUAGCAAUAAUUGUGCUGCACGUCAUCCCCCUUGUGUCAGUCUUGACCUUGAAACCGGGCUCAGAUCUGCCUUUUAUAACCACCAGUCGAAUGUGCAUGAAGUAUUUUCUUUAUAAAAAAAAAAAAUAUAUAUAUAUUUAUGAAUGUGUUACUGUUUUGUUUGUUUAUUUAUGGAUGUAUUUGUGCUUCAGAAGGAGAGCAGUAAAACUUGGCAGAGGCAAGCGAACGGUCCGCGGCCUCAACUGGAAACUCAAAAAGAAUCUCAAUUUGCUCACGUGUGAAAUAUCUUUUGCUUUGAUGGAAAUUGUAUUUUUGAGGUGUUUCUAUGCAUCGUCGUUUUCUUAGUUUUCAUACAAGUUUUAGUGCUGUGGCGUCCGUUUUGUAAAUAGAGUAUAUUUUUAACCUCGUGGUGUUUGUGUUUGUGUAAAGUUUACAGUGUAGUUAGCAUAAGUUAAACUGCAGGCAGGUGUGAGCGUUCGAAUGAUCACUUGUAUAUCUUAUAAACGAUGAAGUGUGUAAAAAACAAACAAUAAAUGCAUUUCAUUUUGUUUAAGUAA